GAAACAUUUUCACGUGAUGGGAUUUUGCCGGAAUUACCUUGCUACCGGCUUCCGGGAAGAUUUUCCGUCCGUCCGGCUCUGCGGACUCAAGGAGAGAAAGGACAAACUGAUUGGUGUAACCACACUUAGGACCUGAGACAUUUCAUAAAUAUUUGUACAGAAGUGUACACCAGCCUCCCCAUGCAGAACCCCAUGAAAUGAAUAAAGCACCACAGCCUAUACCGGGAGCCCCCUCCACGCCCCACCCUGCCCCCUCCCCCGGUCUAUCUCAGCCCUCAUUUUCCUUCUGGGCAGCCCCCUUCUGUUGUGUUUGCAACCCCACCAUCUCCACAAAUGAACCCAACACCACAACCCCGACAGUUUGCCACAGGGCCCCGGCCUAUACACCAACAGGGAAGCUUCAGAUCGCUACAGCCCUACUAUACCAACAGGGCUAGUCUGCCUCCUAGUAGUGGGCCUCGGGGUGUCCCUCCCAGCAGCGCUCCUCGGCCUGUGACUCCCACUCAUGUCUACCAACCAGGCCCUGGCUCUCAAAUGAUGAUGAUACCUGGGCAACAGCUGCCCUUCCCCAGCUCACCACAGGCACCUGCCUAUUUCAUACCAGGACAGUAUCGUUCUGCAACUUAUGUGGCCACACCCCAGCAAUACCCAGUACCACCGGGUACACCAGGCUUCUACCCAGGCACCAGCCCUGCUGAAUAUGGUACUUAUGCAGGGGCCUACUACCCAGCCCAGCCCCAAUUCACCCCAUCGGUUCAGGCAACACCCGUCAUUAUGAAUCCUGCCCCUCAACAGCAACAACCUCCACCUCCGCCUUCACAGCACAUCCCAACCAAACGAGAACGUAAACAGAUCCGAAUAAGAGACCCUAACCAAGGAGGUCGAGACAUUACAGAGGAGAUUAUGUCAGGAGGUCGUAGUGGUUCUACCCCAACACCACCGCAGACAGCUAUAUCUGGAUCAGAAGGUAUCCUCAUGCCCCAAACUAAUGGUGAGACAUUCACAGCUGCUGCUGCCUCAACACACGUUAGACCAGAUGAAAGAUUGAAGCCUUCACCUCCUCCUUUGUCAAAGACUCCUGAACUUAAUAAGGGCGAGGCAUAUCCCAUAGAGGCUACCUCCUCUGACUCGGACACUAAGGUUCCUUCGUCUGCUUUAAUAUUGGAAUCAAGAGACACACCUCUAAGCACUAUUUCCACUCUUCCGCCCUGCACUCCUGUUGGUGAUGUAAUGGAUGCCCCUCCACUGUCAAGGGAACCCGCUCCACCCAUCCAACUGGCACCUGAGGUGCCUGCUUACCCUGCACCCCUCCCUGACCCUGUAUCCACUUCUGCUGUUCAAGAAAAACCAGACAUAAAAGCCACAGAGGCAAAAGAAGAGGUGGAAGAGGUGGAAGAAGUGGAGGAGCCUAAAAUGGGAGAUGCAACUCCCUGUUUAGAUAUACCCCUUGAACCUCCCUCCACCACUAAUGGCAUAUUGGAGGAGUCUGAAAGGCCUUCAGUCAUGUUACCAGUCAGUCCCCAAGAGGCUACUGUGGAGUCACCCAUUGCACAGCCCGAGGAGCUUUGCCUUCCCAAUGGUCUGCCAUUGCCAGCCCCUCAGAAUGCUGAGGUCCCUGUCGUCAACAUUGCUCACUGUGAUGACAGCCCUAUUGCUGAACCUGAUGUUGUCCAGCUUCUGGUAACAUCAUCAACUACAGCCAUCACUCAGGCAGAAUUGACAUCUUUUGUCCAAACCACAUGUACGCCUAUUGACCAGUCAGUAAGUGUACCCAGUGUUCAGGAGGUUUCUUCAUUGCCAGUUGUCGAAACAACUACACAGAUUGAGACCCAAGAAACUGUUCCUCCAGUCACCCUGGAAGAUGAGGAAGAUACCCCAGUGCUCCAAACCCUCAGUAAGGAAGAGACGCCAUCUCCUGCAGAAAUGGUUCAAGUAGUCAGUGAUGAACCACAAAAGGUGCCCACUCCUCUUACCCCAGCAGAGGCAAGGGAGGGCACCUCUCCUACCCAGACAACCAAUUCUGCCAUUGUAGAAACUACUAUGCAAGCUGCUGUGUCAGUGCCAAAGAAAAAGAGGAAGAUGAAGGAUCUGAACAAAAAGGAGGCAGUAGGAGACCUCCUUGAUGCCUUUAAAGAGGAACAGGUGGUGGAAACCCCACCAGAGCCUGAACCAGUCUCUGCCUCUGCACCAGAGACUCAGUCCACUGCUGCUUCUGCUCCUGCCCCAGAGGAGGCAGACUUGACGUGGGAGGACAAGGAAGAUAAACUGGAUGCUGAGAACAUUGAGCCACAUUCUCCCAAUCCCAAUGACAAGAAGUACCAGUACAAAGAGGAUCAAUGGAAGCCUAUCAACACAGAGGAAAAGAAGAAAUAUGAUAGGGAGUUUCUUCUGGGCUUCCAGUUCAGUUCAGCCAGCAUGAACAAGCCUGAGGGUCUUCCAGCUAUCAGUGAUGUUGUCCUAGACAAGGCUAAUAAGACUCCUCUGCGUCAACUGGAUCCAAGUCGUCUACCAGGAAUGAAUUGUGGCCCCGACUUCACACCCUCUUUCGCCAACCUUGGCAGGCCUGGCAUGGGUGGAGGAAGCAGAGGACCACCUCCAGGUAUGGGCAUAGGUGUUGGGGGGCCACGUCGCUCUCAGCAGAUGCAGAGGAAAGAACCAAGGAAAAUCAUAACCAGCAUGUCACUCAGUGAUGACGUGCAGCUUAACAAAGCGGAGAAUGCUUGGAAGCCAUCAGUGAAGAAGGUUAUUCGCGUCCGUGGAGUGGAAGAAGUUGAAGAUAAUGAUCCAGAGCACCUUAAGACUCAGGAGCUGUUUAAAUGUGUUCGUAGCAUCCUCAACAAACUAACUCCCCAGAAGUUUCAACAGCUAAUGAAGCAGGUGAUGGACCUGACCAUUGACACAGAAGAGAGGUUGAAAGGAGUCAUAGACCUCACCUUUGAGAAGGCCAUCUCCGAGCCAGACUUUUCAGUGGCCUAUGCCAACAUGUGUCGUUGCAUUAUGGGGCUUAGAGUCCCAACCACAGAUAAGCCAGGAGUCACUGUGAAUUUCCGCAAGCUGCUACUUAACCGAUGCCAGAAGGAAUUUGAGAAGGAUAAAGAUAACGAUGAGAUCUUUGAGAAGAAGCAGAAAGAGCUGGAUGCUGCUUCAGGGGAAGAGGAGAAGCAGCGUCUUAUUGAUGAGCUAGAAGAGGCCAAAGACAAGGCCAGGAGGCGCUCACUAGGCAACAUCAAGUUCAUCGGUGAGCUGUUCAAACUGAAGAUGCUCACAGAGGUCAUCAUGCAUGACUGCAUUGUAAAGCUGCUCAAAAACCAUGAUGAGGAGUCCUUAGAGUGCCUUUGUAGACUGUUAUCCACUAUUGGCAAAGACUUGGACUUUGAGAAAGCCAAGCCUCGUAUGGACCAGUACUUCACUCAGAUGGAGAAAAUAAUAAAAGAAAGGAAGACCACUUCAAGGAUUCGCUUCAUGUUGCAAGAUGUGCUGGAUCUUAAAAGGAAUAACUGGGUGCCUAGGCGUGGUGACCAAGGUCCCAAGACGAUUGACCAGAUCCACAAAGAGGCUGAGCUGGAAGAACACAGAGAGCAGAUGAAAGUCCAGCAAGCCCUCAUUUCUAAAAAGGAGACAGUUGGACCUCCAGGAAGCAGGAUGAGUGGUGGGGGUCCUGGAGGUCGUGGGGGUCCUCACACUCAAGGUCGUGGUCCUCCUCCCCAAGAUGAGGGCUGGAAUACUGUGCCUAUCUCAAAGAACCGACCCAUCGAUACCUCUCGCCUUAGCAAAAUCACAAAGAGCCCUGUUCUUGAUUUCAACAAUCAGUUGCUUGCUCCAGGGGGUAAAGGUACAUGGGGGAGCUGGGGCAAGGGCAGCAGCGGUGGUACCAGUGCCAAACCUGCUGAUUCUGGCUCAGAGUCGGGUGGUCGUCCAGCCACCAGUACACUGAACAGGUUUUCUGCCUUGCAGCAACCUUCAUUAUCCUCAGGCUCUUCACUUGACUCAGAUAGACGAGUUCCUCAGAGAAACAGCUCAAGUCGAGAACGUGGUGACAGGUUUGAUCGCGACAGAUCUGAUCGUGGCAGCGACCGCUUUGACCGGCGAGAUGAGCGACGGGAUGAACGACGGGAUGACCGUGACCGAAACCGGCUGCAAGUCACCAAGCGCAGCUUCAGUCGGGAAAAGGAAGAACGGAGUCGGGAGAGAGACCAACGGCCAUUAGUGGAGCCUGUUCGCAGAGUUGCGAGUGUGACAGAUGACAAAGACAGAGGCAGCAGAGAUCGAGCCAGGAGUAAAGACAAUGUGAAACGGGAGACCUCUGCCACUCCCCCACCUGUCCCGGCUGUGAUCAAGCCUGCUUUAACUGAAGAGGAGUUGGACAAGAAGUCUACAGCUAUCAUUGAAGAGUACCUUCAUAUCAAUGACAUGAAGGAAGCUCUGCAGUGUGUGCAGGAGCUGAACAGCACCCAGCAACUAUUCGUGUUUGUACGAAAUGGGCUGGAGUCGACUUUGGAGCGCAGCACUAUUGCCAGGGAACAUAUGGGUCUGCUGCUGCACCAGCUCAUAAAGACCAAGAUCCUCCCACAAGAACAGUACUGCAUAGGACUUCAGGAAAUCCUGGAGGUGGCUGAAGAUAUGGCCAUAGACAUCCCCCAUAUAUGGCUCUACCUGGCAGAGCUCAUCACUCCUAUGUUCCACGAGGGAGGCAUCCCCAUGGGAAACCUUUUAAGGGUGACUUCAAAGCCGUUGAUCCCUCUGGGCAAAGCAGGAGUUCUUUUGGUCCACAUCCUUACUUUACUCUGCAAAGAAAUGAGCCAUAAAAAGGUGGGGACAUUGUGGAGAGAGGCGGGCCUCAGGUGGAAAGAUUUUCUCCCAGAGGAUGUGGAUGUCAACAAGUUUGUGACAGAAGAGAAAGUGGAGUUUACGCUGGGUGAGGAGUCUGAGAAGACCAAGAAAGAGCUGAGCUCCGCGGAGCUGAACAGCCAACUGGACAGACUGAUGCAAGACAAAGCUGACAAUCAGAGAAUUUUUGACUGGAUUGAGGCCAAUCUGGACGAGGAGCAAACCAACUCUAACAUGUUGGUUAGAUCUCUGAUGAUGAGCAUCUGCCAGUCGGCAGUCAUCUGUGAGAACCCAUACAGGGUGGACAUUAAGGUGAUCAAGGAGAGAGCCAAGCUUCUACACAAAUACAUGAAUAAUGAGGAGAAGGAGCUGCAGGCUCUUUAUGCCCUUCAGGCCCUGAUGGUCCAGAUGGAGCAGCCUGCCAAUUUGCUGCGGAUAUUCUUUGACACACUUUACGAUGAGGAUGUCAUCAAAGAGGAUGCCUUUUACAAGUGGGAGUCUAGCAAAGAUCCAGCUGAGCAGCAGGGCAAGGGCGUGGCCCUCAAGUCCGUCACCACCUUCUUCACGUGGCUCCGUGAGGCCGAAGACGAGUCUGACAACAGCUAGGACCUCGCAGGACCAUGAACAGAACUGGUGGAUUCCCUAAAUGAUUUAUUCGGAAAGUAAAUGUUGUGUGGAUGAUUCAGACGAGCCUGAAUCUGCAAAAUCCUUCUGCAUAAACAGGAAAAAAAAAAAAAAAUUCUUCAACUGGGAGAGAUUGUAUUAUGGAUCGAACAUUCGAUCACACCCCCCCUUCUUUUUUUUCCUCCCUUGCGCAACCGAAUGUCUUUUUUUGAAAUACUUAAAAAUACAGAAUUAAAUAUAGAUAACAGAUAUAAAUGGAAUGCUGAGAAGAGCUAUGAUCCAAGGGACAUGAGGCCCCCCUCCCUUUGUUUUUUUUUUUGUUUUUUUUUGAAUGGCUUCGCCUUGCCACGACAACAAUAUUCAACAACCUUUGCUUAAUGACAGAAUAUAAAAUGAACUUUAAAAGGCUGUUCACAUCUAUAUUUUUGAUGACUUCAUCUUUUAUCAUGUCAACAUGAGACAGCAGCAGUGUCAUGUCACGUGUACGGCGCUCGAUCUACAUGACAGUUUAAUGUAGACGGCUGGCAUUUUUUGUUUUCUUCCUUUUCUUUUUGCUGUGUUGGAUGACUGGAGUGUGUGUUUUAUAAUAAAAUAGAAAACUAUAAAGAAAAGUGAACACAGAUAGAGCUGUCUAACGAACAUUUCAGACAGGAGUCGUCACGAGGCUUGUGGACUCCUGCGGAUGGCGUGCAAACUUUAUGAGGACUGUGUCAGAGCAGAGGGGCAAUAGACUUUGAUCAGUUUGCUGCUGGGAUGAUGCUUCCCUGAUGCCCCUCAACUGUCCCCGGCCCCCAAACUACCCCCAGAUGUGUCUGAUUUACUUGUAUCCUGCGCUUCAAAAACAACAACAACAACAAAAAAACAAAAACAAAAAAACUGUGGACCCACAGACAGUGUAAAUCUGCAUGGCAGGUCCCGUCUACGAAACCUGUUGUAUUUUAAAAGAUACAUUAUCAUUACUGAAACUUGAAAGUCAGCAGUCCAACAAUCACCUUAAUAAAAUAGACUUUAAAAAGUAAACUUAAAUCAUACAAAUUCUAAGGCCUUUUCUGCUUCUGUUAGUGGAAAUGUAUUUCAGGCAAGUUCUGUAAAUAUAUUUGUCUUUUUCAAAGUAAAAUGUUAAUGUCAUGCCAUUUUUUUUUCCUCGUUUCCGAAUCAAAGUGGCAGUUCCCCCCCAGUAUUUAUAUUUUUUUCUCUCCUCAGCUCGCAGAAGGUGCUUAUAAUUAUCCAACCCAAGUCAUUAAUUACAAUUUAAUUGAAAAUUUGUAAAUACUUUUUGCUUUACUUUAUUAAAAAAGAUAUUUAAUUAAAGAAAAUGAAUGCCUCUUUUCACAUCCAAAACUGGAAAAGAUAAUAAAGAUUGUUGCAAA